AUGUAUGGGAUAUUUCAGGGUGCACUGACCUGUGAUGAUUUACACAUAAACUUCACUCAGGAAGAGUGGGCCUUGCUGGACCCAUCUCAGCAGAGACUUUACAAAGAUGUGAUGCUGGAGACCUACAGGAACCUCACCGCUAUAGGAUACAAUUGGGAAGACCAUGAUAUUGAAGAACAUUUCCAAAGUGAUAGAAGACAUGGAAGGCAUGUAAGAAGUCAUGCUGGAGAGAAAUCAUAUGAAUAUACACAAUGUAAUAAAGCCUUCACAUGUCACAGUCAUAGCUAUGUUCAAAUACAUGAAAGAACACAUACUGGAGAGAAACCCUAUGAAUGUAAUCAGUGUGAUAAAGCCUUUGCACAUAAGAGUACUUUGAUUUUGCAUAAAAGAACACAUACUGGAGAGAAACCUUAUGAAUGUAAUCAAUGUGGCAGAACCUUUGCACAUCAGAAUACUUUGGUGUUGCAUAAAAGAACACAUACUGGAGAGAAACCUUAUGAAUGUAAUCAAUGUGGCAAAACCUUUGCACAUCAGCUUACUUCCAAAAGGCAUAAAAUAAUACAUACUAGGAAAAAAACCUACAAAUGCAAUCAGUGUGGUGAAGCCUUUGCACAACUCGGUCAUCUCCAAGUUCAUAUAAUAACACAUACUGGAGAGAAACCUUAUAAAUGCAAUCAGUGCAGUAAAUCAUUUGUAUGUCUCAGUCAUCUUCAGACUCAUGAAAGAAUCCAUACUGGAGAGAAACCUUACAAGUGUAAUCAAUGUGAUAAAACCUUUUCACAACACCCUAGUCUCCAAUCGCAUAAAAGAGUACAUACUGGAGAGAGACCCUACAAAUGCAAUCAAUGUGAUAAAGGUUUUUCACAAAGUAGUACUCUCCAAAUUCAUCUAAGAACACACACUGGCGAGAAACCCUAUGAAUGUACACAAUGUGGUAAAGUUUUUGCAUAUAGCAGUGCUCUCCGAUACCAUAAAAGGAAUCAUACUGGAGAGAAUCCAUAUUACUGUAAGCAAUGUGAUAAAGCCAUUUCACAUCACAGUCAUCUUCAAAGGCAUGAAAAAAAAAUCAUUCUGGGGAGAAACCUUAGGAAUAUACCUAAUAUUGUGAAGACUUUGCACAUUUCCAUAAUUAUCAUGACAAUUACGGCCUCCUUCCAGAGUCUUCAUUCUUCUUCCAUGUUUAUGCAAGCAGCUGUCAGUAAGCUUCCCACAGUCCACCAGUUAGCAGGGCCAGUUGAACCUUACUGA